GCAAAGAGCAAGGCAUUAAGGCAACGUAGAGCUGAGUAAAGCCAUCGGAAAUGAAGAAUCUUCCAAUUCUGCUGUUACUAUGCGUGGCAGCGUGCUCAGCCUAUCCGUUGGACAGAUCUGCAAGGGACGAGGAUAGCAACAUGGACCUUCUUCAGGACUACCUAGAAAAAUACUACGACCUUGGAAAAGAAAUGAGACAAUAUGUUAGAAGAAAGGACAGUGGUCCUAUUGUUAAAAAAAUUCAAGAAAUGCAGAAGUUCCUGGGGUUGAAGGUGACAGGAAAGCUGGACUCUGACACUGUGGAGGUGAUGCACAAAUCCAGAUGCGGAGUUCCUGAUGUCGGUCACUUCACUACAUUUCCUGGCAUGCCAAAGUGGAGCAAAACUCACCUUACUUACAGGAUUGUGAAUUAUACACAGGAUUUGCCAAGAGAUGCUGUUGAUUCUGACGUUGAGAAAGCUCUGAAAAUCUGGGAGGAGGUGACUCCACUUACAUUCUCCAGGAUUUAUGAAGGAGAGGCUGACAUAAUGAUCACUUUUGCAGUUCGAGAACAUGGAGAUUUUUUUCCUUUUGAUGGACCUGGAAAAGUUUUGGCUCAUGCCUAUCCACCUGGGCCAGGGAUGAAUGGAGAUGCUCAUUUUGAUGAUGAUGAACACUGGACGAAGGAUGCAUCAGGGAUCAAUUUUCUCCUUGUUGCUGCUCAUGAACUUGGUCAUUCCCUGGGUCUCUAUCACUCGACCAACACCGAAGCUUUGAUGUACCCACUCUACAAUACACUCAAAGGCCCGGCCCGGGUCCGCCUUUCUCAAGAUGAUGUGACUGGCAUUCAAUCCCUCUAUGGACCUCCCCCUGCCUCUCCUGAUAGCCCCGUGGAGCCCAGUGAACCUGAGCCUCCCGCCCCUGGAACACUAGCCAUGUGCGAUCCUGCUUUGUCCUUUGAUGCAAUCAGCACUCUGAGAGGAGAAAUUCUGUUCUUUAAAGACAGAUAUUUUUGGCGCAAAACCUUCAGGACACUUGUCCCUGAAUUUCAUCCGAUCUCUUCGUUUUGGCCAUCUCUUCCUUCAGGCAUAGAUGCUGCAUAUGAAGUGACUAGCAGAGACAGUGUUUUCAUUUUUAAAGGAAAUAAGUUCUGGGCCAUCAGAGGAAAUGAGGAACAAGCGGGUUACCCGAGAGGCAUCCACACUCUGGGUUUCCCUCCAACAGUAAGGAAAAUAGACGCAGCCAUUUUUGAUAAGGAAAAGCAGAAAACAUACUUCUUUGUAGAGGACAAAUACUGGAGAUUUGAUGAGAAGAGACAAUCUAUGGAGCCAGGCUAUCCCAAGCAAAUAGCAGAAGACUUUCCAGGGAUUGACUCAAAGCUUGAUGCUGCUUUUGAAUCAUUUGGGUUUUUCUAUUUCUUCAGUGGAUCUUCACAGUUUGAAUUUGACCCAAAUGCAAAGAAAGUGACACAUGUUCUCAAGAGUAAUAGCUGGUUUAAUUGUUAGCAGAGAUGCUUAGCAGGCACAACAUGGACAUUUUAAAUGAAGCUAAUAAUUCUGCACCUGAGUCUUUGUGAACUGGAAUUCGUUUUCUUCUGCAUGUGCAGUGACUGAGAACAUAAGUGUGAACUGUGUGUCUUGCCGGUCAGCUUCAUAUAUUACAGGGCAUUCAGACGGGCUGCCGAGCUUUGUCACAUGGAGUCACCUUCCAUAGGAGAAAGGAGACACUCGUGUGCAACAGACAAGUAACUGUAUAUUUAUAGACUAUUUGCUUGUUAUUUAAUAAAGAGGACUUGUCAGUUAUUUU